CAUCCUCCCUCUCCUCCGCUGGCCACCAACGCCGCCGCAUAACCAAAAAGUCAAUCAUCCCCCACCCAAGCCCCCGACUCGCCGGUCGCCGCCCGCAGGCCUCGCCAUACCCGGCAUGGACGAGGAGAGGACGGAGGCGUGGUGGGGCCGGCGCGCGUGGGCGCUGCUGUCGGCCGUCCGCGAGCGGGCGCCGCUGGUGCAGUGCAUCACCAACCUCGUCUCCAUGGACAUCGCCGCCAACGCCCUCACCGCCGCCGGCGCCUCCCCCGCCAUGCUCCACUGCCUCCGCGAGAUCCCCGACUUCACCCCGCGCUGCGACGCUGUCUACAUCAACGUCGGAACGCUCUCCGAGGACUGGCUUCCCUCCAUGCGCGCCGCCGCCUCAGCCGGCCGCCCCUGGGUGCUCGACCCCGUCGCCGUCGCCGCCUCCGGCUUCCGGAUGGAGGCCUGCCUCCAGCUCCUCGCGCUCCGCCCCGCCGUCGUCAGGGGGAACGCGUCCGAGAUCCUCGCCCUCGCCUCCAGCUCAGACAGCUCCUCCUCCUCCUUCAAGGGUGUUGACAGUUCACAUGACUCAGGGGAGGCCCUGCAAGCCUCGAAAGCAUUGGCACGGUCCAGCGGGGCCGUCGUCGCGGUAUCUGGAGCAGUUGAUUUCAUCACGGAUGGCGAGCAGGUUGUCAGCGCGAGCAACGGCGUGGCCCUGAUGCAGAAGAUCACGGCGACAGGGUGUGCCGUGACUGCUCUUAUAGCGGCUUUUGUCGGGGCGGAUCCCUCUGAUGCUCUGGCUGCAACAGCGUGUGCUCUUGCCAUCUUUGGGCUUGCCGGACAGAUUGGGAUGGAGUCGGCUAAAGGGCCUGCCUCUCUCAGGAUGCACCUCAUCGAUGCUCUCUACGGGCUCGACGAGCAGACAGUCACAUCAGGGGUCAAAAUUGCCCUAGUGCUGUAACACGUGUCUACCGUGGCUACUAGUGUUUAGGAAAUAUAAUGUCUGGGGUGAUCUGCAGGGUCCUGGAAAACCAUUAAGCGUAUCAGAUCGUAUUGAUUGUUGCCAUCCAUAUUUACAUGCCCCAUGAAUAAAUUGCCUGGUGACCAUCCAUCCACAUCCAGGCUGUACUAACUACCAAGUACAUAUUUGUGAAUGCUGAUGCCAAAAAGGUUUUGCACUGUUGUGUGACAGCACGGCUGUAGAAGCAAGGGUAAAGUCACUCUGGUCAUUUGUUCAGAGUUUUGAAAUAAAUUGUAAAAGUAAAUUCAUCAUCCA